AUGGCCGAUCUUACCUCCGCCGCAGCUUCUAUGGAGCUCAAGGAGAACACCGUCAUUGUGGUUCUCGGUGCUUCCGGAGAUUUGGCAAAGAAGAAGACUUACCCUGCUCUCUUCGGUCUGUACCGAAACCAGUUCCUUCCCAAGGACAUCAAGAUUGUCGGAUAUGCACGGACAAAGAUGGACCAUGAGGAAUACAUACGCCGCAUCAGAUCCUACAUGAAGACACCCACAAAGGAGAUUGAGCAGCAGCUCAACGACUUCUGCGACCUCUGCACCUACGUUUCUGGCCAAUACGACAAGGACGAGUCCUUCCUGAACCUGACCAGGCAUCUCGAGGAACUCGAGCAGGGCAAGCCUGAGACUCACCGUCUCUUCUACAUGGCACUUCCCCCCAGUGUCUUUACCAUUGUCUCCCAGCACCUGAAGAAAUGUUGCUACCCUACCAAGGGCAUUGCGCGCGUUGUCAUUGAGAAGCCCUUCGGCAAGGACCUCGCCAGCUCCCGGGAGCUGCAAAAGUCCCUUGAGCCUGACUGGAAGGAAGAUGAGCUCUACCGCAUUGACCACUACCUCGGCAAGGAGAUGGUCAAGAAUAUCCUUAUCCUCCGCUUUGGUAACUCCUUCUUCGGCUCUACCUGGAACAGGCAGAACAUCGACAACGUUCAGAUCACCUUCAAGGAGCCUUUUGGCACUGAAGGUCGCGGCGGUUACUUCGACGAGUUUGGCAUCAUUCGCGAUGUUAUGCAAAACCACUUGCUCCAGGUCCUCACCCUGCUCGCCAUGGAGCGCCCCAUUUCCUUCGCCUCCGAGGACAUUCGUGACGAGAAGGUGCGCGUUCUUCGCGCCAUGCCCGCCAUCGAGCCCAAGAACGUUAUUAUCGGACAAUACGGCAAGUCUUUGGACGGCAGCAAGCCCUCGUAUAAGGAAGACGAUACCGUCCCCAAGGACUCCAGAUGUCCCACCUUCUGCGCCCUCGUGGCUUACAUCAAGAACGAGCGCUGGGAUGGCGUUCCCUUCAUCAUGAAGGCCGGCAAGGCUCUCAACGAACAGAAGACUGAGAUCCGCAUCCAGUUCAAGGACGUCACCUCGGGUAUAUUUAAGGACAUUCCCCGCAACGAGCUUGUCAUGCGCAUUCAGCCCAACGAGAGUGUCUAUGUUAAGAUGAACUCCAAGCUGCCUGGUCUCAGCAUGCAGACUGUUGUUACCGAGCUUGACUUGACUUACCGCCGCCGCUUCUCUGACCUCAAGAUCCCUGAGGCCUACGAAUCAUUGAUUCUGGACUGCUUGAAGGGCGAUCACUCCAACUUCGUCCGUGACGACGAACUGGAUGCCAGCUGGAGAAUCUUCACCCCUCUGUUGCACUACCUGGACGAUAACAAGGAGAUUAUCCCCAUGGAGUACCCCUAUGGCAAGUUCUCGAACCGAUCUCGCGGUCCCGCUGUCCUCGACGACUUCACGUCCUCCUAUGGUUACAAGUUCAGUGAUGCGGCUGGAUAUCAGUGGCCUACUACCUCUGCUCAAGCUGCCCCGAACAAGUUGUGA